AUGCCCCGCCCGGCCGCCCCGCUGAGCCCCACAGCGCGGGGACCGGCCAGCUCCAGGGCCGCCCCCAGGCCGCGCGGGGCGCCCGCCGUACCAGCCCGGCCGCGGCCUUACCUGCGCGCCCCCUCCCGCCCUCACCCGACUGCGCCUGCGCGCCCCCGCCUUGCGCGCACGCCGGGAGACCUGCAGGAGGUCGGGCCCACUUCGCGCGCCGCCGCCGUUUCUCCUUUCCGUGGAGUCGGGCCCCGCCGUCGGUGGCUGCCGCCGGGAGUGGGGCCGGCGGGGGAAGGCGGAGGCCGGCGGCGCGCGCCUGCGCACUGGCCUCCCGGCGCAACGCCCGCCGGGAGCCGCGGUUCCCGCACGCAGGGCCAAGAGAAGGUUCCCUUGCAGCGGAAAAGGAGUGCUCCGCGGGCAGUCAGCAUACUGAACCUCACACCGCAGCCUCCAGAGACAGUGACGACACGGGUGGGCGGGGCGGAGCGGUCUAUAAAGGACGCUCGUGAGGCUGGAUUCGGAGGGCUGACGGGAAGGGGGUCAUGCUGCGGUGUGGUGUUCCAGGUAGUGAGACGACGGCAGCCCAGCGACGUGGAGGUCGUGUUUCACGAGGUGGAGAAGCACCUGUUCAGUCAGCUCGCGCGCGGGGAUCCGCACCACACUCGUAGCUGCGCCUCGCGGCCCGCGUGCCUCUCCUGGCGUGUGGCUGCCCGGCGGCCGGCGCUGCGCUGUCCGAGGCGCGCUUCCUGCGUGGCGUCGCCGACCCGCCUGGCCACAGAGUGCUUGCGGACAGUCGCGGCUCUGCACAUGGGUUGUCUUCCUGGCUGCAGCGGAGAUCGUGCAUCUGGGCCCUGCGAGGGAACGAAGGUUCUCUCCAGAGCGAAGGCCGAGUCCUCCUGCGUCGGGCUGCGGCGGCACCUGUGUGCGUCCCAGUGAAGAGACUAGAGGUGACGCCGGAGGCGCAGUACGAAGUGCUAAGAAAACACCAGUGAUCUGCACACCAGGGUUUCUAGGCGAACGGGAGCCUGGGAUGGGAGCUGCAGAGCGGGAGAGGGCCCUCUCCCCGCACAGGCCCCCAGCAUGUGCUCCUGCUACAUCCUGGUGAGCCAGGACUCAUCUAGAAUUCCCCAUUGCCUGUCUCUUUCUGCUCCUCUUCCUGUUUAUUUUCCUCUGCUCUGUGCUAUCCUUUAUCCUCUACAUUUACUGCCUUUUUUCUGUUUUAUUUUCACCUGCCCUUUUCCUCCUUUCUGGCCCUCGUUGCAUAUAUCAUGCCCCCUUUUUCUUUCCUUUUGUCUUCCCUUUGUUGCUUGAUUCGUUUACCUUUGUUCCUCUACACCUAGAAAGUUUUGGGCCAAAAAAUGGAUCCAGCUAAUCAUCUACUGCCAUUCCUCCAGCACCAGGCUUCUAAUGCAAAACUUAUGAGCUACCAACUUUCUCCUGAUUAUGUUCUUGUCACAUUCCCCUCCUGGUCUGGUAACUCCACUCGGCCAGGCUAUAUUUGGGUAGAUCCCCAAAUGAACCAUUUCUGUUUGUUUUUCAU